UAAGCGCCCUGCAUUACAUCGCAGGUUGGCAGGCGGGUCCUGAUCUAUCAGAAACACAAUGACCUUCUCUUUAGGAUCAGUGGCGGCUGCUGUUGGAAUCUCAGAUUCCUGCCUGUUUUUUUCACCCCUGUUCCAGGAACAGAGGUAGUCUGAUACUGGUCGCCGCUGAGAACCCGCCCGGGUGGGGCAAUUAACGGUGUGCUGCCUACCGUCAGCGGCUCCUGGGGCCGGCGAAGCGAGGCCUGUGUUUUAUCGGGCGGGGGCGGUGUUUUACACACGCGGUGAGUGAUGCUGAUGUCACCGGGAGAGUGUGUGGAACAGAAGAGGUAUUAUUCGGUGCGGAGCACAAGUCUCUGAUCAUGCAGAGAAAUCUGGCGGUGAAAAUAGGAGGGGGAGAUGCAGGCUGUGAAACGAGAGCGAGCACGAAACAAGUCCCAAGGCUGAUAACUGCACUGAACUGACUGUCAUCCUCAAAGAGUACUACCUCUGCCCUGUGCUGAUAACUGCACUGAACUGACUGUCAUCCUUAAGGAGUACUACCUCUGCCCUGUGUACGCCCUGGAGUUCACUUUGGGUUUCCUGGGCAGCUUGGUGGUCAUCCUGGGUUACCCGCUGUGCCUGCAGGAAUGGCAGAGCACCAAUGUCUACCUGUACAACCUGGCCGUGUCCGACAUCCUCUGCGUAUCUGCUCUGCCACGCCUCUCCUACCUGUACGCUAACCACAUGGAGGAGACGUCGCCGGUCAACUGUGUUCUCAACCGCUACAUCCUCUUUGUCAACAUGUACUCCAGCGUCCUCUUCAUGGUGUUGGUCAGCCUGGACCGUUACCUGCUGCUUUGCCACCCGCGCCGCAACCACGUCCUCCUGACUCCGCGGGUGGCCGUCCUCGCCUCAAUCCUCACCUGGGUCUUUGUCAACAUCGAGAUGACCCCGCUUAUCUACUAUGCCAUCAAGGACAACGCCCGCACUAAUGGCACCAUGUGCCAUGACUUCGCCAGCCUCUCCCAGUCCUGGGGCCUCCUGGUCUACAGCUUGGGGCUGACGCUCUUGGGGUACAUCCUGCCCCUGGUGGCCCUCUUCCUGUGCACCCGCAAGAUCACCUAGAUGCUGAAGAAGCAGGAGGAGGCGUUUAACCAGCGGGCGACGUCAUUCAGGAAGCCCCUGCGGAUCGUGAAGAUAGCGGCGUGCAUGUUCCUGCUGUUCUACCUGCCCUACCACGUCAUGAGGAACGUGCGGGUCCUGUCACAGCUGAUGGGGGGACUGUCAGGCAGCGCCAUUGAGCAAAUUGAAGCGGUGUACAUCGUGACGAGGCCAAUGGCAUACGCUCACAGCGUCAUUAACCCUGUCUUCUACUUUCUGAUGACUGACUGUUUCCGUGAGCUGCUGCUGGCCAGGUUUCACCAGCUGAGAAGAGUAAUGAGGUCAUCAUAAUGACCCAUGAUUCCAAGUCCCUCACAUCAAAAUAGUCAUUUACAGUUUAAUCAAAUAUUUUCUACUGAUACUGCU